AUGAACAACAUAAAUCAUAAGCCGAUAUCGACAUCAACCAAUCAUGAAUCGGCGAUGCCAGACCUAGAGGAUGGGAUUUUGAAUGAGGAGACAUUUUUUGACAUGAGCAUCAUAGGGGACAAAGCAGGGUUUUCGAAUAUGAUGCAAAUAGACAUAGAGCCUCAAUCUGUGCAGGUACCAAGUCAUGUCAGUGUUGAAGAUGUGCUGAAGAUGCAGCUCUUUACCCUUGGGGAAGCAAGAGAAUUCUACACGAGUUAUAGUAGGCUAAAAGGUUUUGCAAUAAGGAAGAGUAAGAGGGUAAAAAAUGCCAAAGGAAAGAUCGUUAGAUACACUUUUGUUUGCAACAGACAAGGGUUUAGGCACAAGAAGUGGUUAGAUAAGCUGGAUAGGAAAAGAGAGCACAAGCCUAUAACGCGAUGUGGGUAUGUAGCAGAGAUGAGGAUAAAGAAGAAUUAUACUAAUGGAAAAUGGUUUGUUUUACAGUUUGUGGAUGAUCAUAACCACACCCUACUCUCUGAAAGGUUUAUUGGAUAUCUGCCUUCGAACAGGAAUAUGUCUAAUAUAGAAAUUGCUCAAAUGAAUAGCAUGAGGCAAGUUGGGAUAAGCAUUCCAAAGAUAUACCAGUCAUUUGCGAUGCAGAACGGAGAUGUAAAUGCUGCACUGCAUUUUUUUGAACGUGCUGCCAGAAACGAUGAUAAACUAUUUUGGAGGUAUGAGGUAGCGGCUGGUUCUCAUAUGUGUGACAUUAUAUGGAGUGAUGGUCGAAGCCAGAAAGAUUAUGAGGCGUUUAGUGAUGUCCUCGCCUUUGAUGCGACCAAUGGGAGGAACAAGUAUAACCUUUCUGUCAUUGUUUUGUCCAGAGUUAAUCACCAUAAUCAAACAUGCGUGUUUGCAACAGCAAUGGUUUCAUGUGAGUCACAGGAUUCGUACAAAUGGGUGCUGAGACGGUUUCUGGAAUGCAUACGGGGAAAGGCCCCAAAGUGCAUGCUCACUGACAUAGAGGUUGAUGAAUUUGAAAUGCAGUGGGAGGUGAUGGUUGACGAGUGUGGUGUUCGAGAGGUUGAAUGGGUGAUGGACCUCUAUAGAAAGAAGUUAGACAAGGAGGAGGAGCUUGACUUUCGUUCCUUUUAUGGUACCCCGGUGCUUCAAACACAGUUCCCAGAGAUUGAGAGGUCAUCGGAUUGUGAAAAUGGAUGUUGCUAUGUGAUACAGAAGUAUCGCCAACUGGAGUCAACCUGGCAAGUCUUGCACCAGCUGUACAAUGGAACCUUCCGAUGUAAUUGCCGCAGGAUGGAGUCACAUGGGAUCCCUUGUGUUCACAUAAUUGUAGUUCUGGUUGGUAUUGAUAUCGGUUCUUUGCCAAAGACUCUAGUCCUCAAGAGUUGA